GGAAAUCAUUUAUCAUAGCAACUUUAGAGUAAUUCACUUCUUUCUUUCUUCUUUUUUUUUAAAUCAGCGAAUAAAUAAUAAAUAUAUAUAUAUAUAUAUAUACGGUUACAGUCGGAUAAAACAGGAACUUGUUUCAGGAAAACAAGUUCUUUAGAGGUAGUUAAACAAUGAGACAAAGGUAACAGAAAAAGGUAGUUAGGCAAGAGAUUGUGGUUAAUAAAUGACAGGAUGCAACUGACUUCCCACUCACAAGUGCCUGGCGUGAGUGCUGUGUGUGUUUGAUUGCACAUAGGUGGAUAUCACUGAAGAUAAAAAAAAAUAAAAAAAACAGGAAAAGACAGACAGAGCGUCGUCUUCUCGGUUGCUGUUUUCAGCCGUCGUUCCCACUCAUGGGGAAAACCAAAGACAAGUCUGGGCCCCUGCCUCGGAGGCCGGACAACUCGGCUUUCAAGCAGCAGCGGCUCCCCGCCUGGUCUCCCAUGCUAACCGCUAACACCGUGCUGCCUUUCUUCUACCUGCUGGCUGUGAUAUGCAUGCUGCUCGGAGUGUGGCUGCUUCUCCUUGUACAGAGCACGCAGGAAAUAAAGCUGGACUACACCGAUCUGGGAAACUGUGAUGAGUGUUUCAACCUGCGUCGAAAUGUGAGCAACGCAGCGCAGACCUGCAGCUGUCGGGUGGAGUUUUCAAUUGACAAAACAUUUAAGGGCGAUGUCUUUUUCUACUACGGUCUCAAAAACUUCCAUCAGAACCUCCGCAGGUACAUGGACUCCAGAGAUGACGGACAGACGGUCGGGUGGAUAAAAAAGUUAAAGAACCCAAGUACGUAUUGUGAGCCGUUUGCAAAAGAUGAGGACGGAGUCCCCAUCGCUCCCUGUGGGGCGGUCGCCAACAGUAUGUUCAACGACUCCUUCGCCCUGACCUAUCACUCCUCCAGCGGCCAUCGUGUUCCUGUUCCUUUGCUGCGGAAGGGCCUCACCUGGUACACAGACAAAAACAUCAAGUUCCGCAACCCAAGGACGGACAAUCUAACUCUUGCUCAGGUGUUUGAAGGUACGAGACAGCCUCUGUACUGGCAGAAGCCUGUAUACAGUCUGGACCCACAUGACCCGAACAACAACGGUUUUAUUAAUGAGGAUCUGAUCGUCUGGAUGAGAGAAGCAGCUUUCCCCAACUUCAAGAAGCUUUAUGGGAUUUUAAAUAGAGCAGACGCCAACUUUGAAAAAGGGCUUCCGAAGGGAAACUACAGCAUCAAUAUAACCUACAACUUCCCUGUGCAGCACUUCCAGGGCAGAAAGGAAGUGGUGCUGACCACGCUGACCUGGUUCGGAGGCCAGAACCACUUCCUGCCGAUUGCUUACCUGGUAACCAGCAGCCUCAUCCUGCUGACGGCCGUCGUCCUCACCGUGGCCUGGUGGAAGUUCGGAAAGGAUGGGAAGAACAUGAAGGAAUGAAGCGUUGAGGACUGAAACUGUUGAGGGAAUGAGCUGAUCGAUACUCUUGCUGCUGAGAAGGUUUGCAAACCAGAGAUGGGGGAGACAAAGUGAAAAGAUUCAUGGAAUUUUAACGCUAGUUUCAGAGAACUAUCAACCAGUUUAUCCAUUUGUGAAAGCUUUCUUGUGCAAAUGUUGUAAACUAGUUGCUUUAAGAGGAAGUAGUCAUGCUGCAUUUUAAACCGUAGCAUUUUUAUUUAUUUGAAGACGUCACAUUAGGGCUGUGCUAUACUGGAGCACAAGGAUAAUGUGCUCCAGUAUAGCAUGGAGCACAUGUGAAAAACUUGGGAGUUUUUCCACAUCUUUCCGCUAAAGAAAGUUAAGUAAUUAAAGCACUUAUUCUGUUGUAUUUUUCUUUUAAAAAGAGUAAUUUGGGAGAUGUGAAUUGUUUAUUUGGAAUAAAGUUAAAAGGAUUAGA